UAAACUCGAAGACGCAAUCGAGUCAAAGCAAGAAACAGUUAUUAUUGUUAUACUACCAAUUUGUUAUUUACAAGAAUUAGUGAUCCUUUGCAAAAAUAAAACGAAAAUGAAUUACUGAAAUCAAAGUAUUCAAUAAUGCAAUAUGAGUGGCAACGUCAACAAGAACUAAUUGGACAAAUGCUUGUCCAGACAAAAGAACUCCGAUCGCAAAUUAAACGACAGACUGAGUUUUGUACAUUAGUCGGAUCCACUAUAGGUUACUUUUUGUGGAAGGCUACUCAAAAGCCGGAUAUAGUUCAUAUGAUUUUGCGGGAGGAUAAAUGUGCGAGGUUGACCCAAAUGAUAGUGCACGUUUUGAAGUCGUUUAAUGAAACUUAUCGAGUAAUUCCAACUGCAGACACAAAUGAAGUACGAUUCGUGCUUAGCGUCAUUGGACUGGUAGCCAAUUUGUCGACAACGGAUGCGGGCAGAGAGAUGUUUUCAAACACUGAAAACGGUAAUAAAGUGGUGAAACUUAUUAUAUGUAUCUUGUCUCGCAUACCAUCUCCGUCUGGGAACCAUUUGAAAAAAUACUUUAUAUUAUGGAUUAAACGGGUCUCGUAUGCAGCGCUAUACAGUAUAAGCAUUCAUCCAAACGCUUCGUCGUUGAUGGAAAAUAUCAAUCUAAUUCGCACGCUAAAUGAAGAAAUCACAACUACUGCCGAUAAAGAAGAUGUACCCGAUUUGCGACUGUUCGCACUUAAACUACUCAAAUCACUUACUCGUAACGUUGACACUAUAUCAAUGUACAACAUACUUGAAAAUAACAUAACUCUAUCAGAAAUAUUCAAUUUGACAGCAGCUGUGGACUCUGAAACAGUAAAUACGGCUCGAGAGUUAUUAGAUAAUUUAAGGAAAGUUAAAGCACAGUACGAAACGAAAACUAAUGUAUAA